CCCGCUGUAGGGUGACAGGGUUGUCAGAAGACACUGCUUACUCUCAGUUAGACAUCAGGAAGAGCGCCCAUGAGACUGUCUUUGGGCAAAAUGAGAAACCGGUGAUCGGUGAUACACACUGACUCUGCUGGAGUGAAAGAGAGACUUUAUUAAGUUAGGAGCUGUGGCCAUCCAUGGCUGAUCCACUUGUAGCGCUGGCUUGUGGAUUGUCAGCAGCAUUUCUCUUCCUGCUGCUGUUUGGCCUAUCAGUGUAUCUACUGUGGAGGAAGAGACGAACUCAAGCGCUCUACAGGGGACUGAUACCUGCCACCCCCACAAUCCCACGAUGCACCACUCCAGUGCUUCAGACAUCACAGAGCAGCAGCUAUGGCUCAGGUGAUGUUCCCUUCUUUGUGCCUCCUCGAUUCAAGAGAACACCCCAACCAAACGAGGAGAAAGAGGAAAGAGAGUAUGCUGAGGAAUGGGAACUCCAUCCAGAUCUACACACCCAGCGAGGCUCUGUAACAUUAGGGAGUUGGUUCCCCCUUGGCAGCAUAAGACCAGACCUGUACCAGCUCCCAGAGGAACCCAGUGAAUGGGCCCUUCCCGAUGGGUCAGCUGUUCGUCUGUGGUUCGCUCUGCGGUACCAGCAGGAGAGAGAGCAGCUGGUGGUGUCUCUGCUCCGUGCCGCGAACCUGCCCGGUCUGUGCCAGGGUAAUGUCACACUAGUAAAAUUGCAGCUGUUGCCAUCUGAUGAUCGACGACACCGUCAAGCCAAAGCACGGCGGAAAGGUUGUCAUCCACAGUUCAAUGACACCUUUGUGUUUCAGGUGUCUAAUAGCUGCAUUGACCAGUGCUCUCUGAAAAUGAACAUGUACACUGUGGUCCAUCAGAAGAAGCACCAUCUUAUAGGUCAAGCCAUGAUCCCCCUCAGACUUUCUGAACUAAAGGAGACGGCAGGAAAAGUACAGUGGAGGGAUCUGGACAGUGAAAGUGAUCAACCCCUUUCAAAAAAUGGUGACAUCCAGGUGUCUUUGAACUACAAUCAGUCCCUACACCGCCUCACUGUGGUUGUUCUACGAGCCCGAGGGUUACAGUGUUGCAGUGAUUCAGGUGUGUGCGCCCAGGUCUCUCUGAAGAUACAUACUCAUGUAGUGAGGAACAAGUGGACCACUGUGGCGAAAGGAAAUAAUCCGUCCUUUAAUGAGAGGCUUACCUUCAGACUCCUCCCCAUGCAGCUGGACACAGCCUGUCUGACCCUACAGCUCCAGCAGCCCAGCACAGAGGAACCUGUGUUGUUGGGGAUUGUGGUCAUUGGGCCGUUCAUGUAUGCGAGGGGCAGAGAGCUGGAACACUGGAACGACAUGGUCAGCAAACCACAGGAGCUGGUCAGGCAAUGGCACCCGCUGGGAUCCGCUGACACACUACAGGAACUUCAGUGAACAACAUGCAACAAACUCAAUGCCAGCGCCUUACUCUCUUUGUAAAACAAUAAUAGCCUUUUUUCUUGUUUGCAUUUAAUUACUUAAUUUUAAACAGUUUGUUCUUCAAAGUCCCAUCAGAACAACUGUGAUUUGAUGCAUGAAGUAAAAAUACAGUCCAGUUGUACCACCGGGUUUUCACAUUUUUGAACCCAUGAAUUUCAAUUAAAUUCAAUUUAUUUUUAUGGAUUAAUGGAUAAAGUUUUUGUUUCAUUUGGAUUCAUUAGAUUUGCAUCUAUCCACCCAUACUUCAAUCCUAUUUUUCGUAUGUAGGGUCGCAGUGAUUGUUACUGAAUUGUUCAGACCAAUUUGUGGACUGGUUUGAUUGAUUCAUUGAAAAGAAUUAUUCACUCACUAACUGGACAUAUACUACUAUUCAAAAGAUGGGAUUUGUAAAUUACUAACUUGAUCAAAAGAGACGGUAAAAAUAUUUAGAAUUUUACAAAAACACAUUUUACACAACAUUAACCAGCACAACUGUUUUAAAUGAUGAUAAUAAUGAGAAAUGUUUCUUGAGCAGCAAAUCAGCAUAUUAGAAUGAUAUCUGAAGGAUCAUGUGACAUUGAAGACUGGAGUAAUAAUGCUGAAAAUUCAGCUUUGCUAUCAACGGAAUAAACUACUUUUAAAAAACUAAAUUAGAAACCAUUAUUUUAAAAUGUAAAAACUGUUUUAUGAUAUGACUGUUUUUACUAUAUUUUUAAAAAUUUUAACAACCCCAAACUUUUGAAUAGUAGUGUAGCAAACUACACAAUAGCUAAAUCUAGUCAUACAAUAUUAAUAAUCCUAAUAAUCGCUUAAUAUUUCCUAAUUUUCCAUGUCCAUGAAACCCUGCAGACAGUGUGAAAUCCCCUUUCCCCAACUAAGCCUACAUGCAUGUAAUAUGGAUUUAGGUCAGUUUGACAGGGGUUUUGUGCAUGGUUAUUUUUGCAGUUUUUAAUCCAUAAUGAAAUUUAAAACCCAAUUAUGUGUAACACUGCUCAAAUUUGGUACAUUAGGUAUGUCUCCUUUAACCUGGACUGUGUUUGGACCCAAAGACUUUAAACAUAAGACACAAUUUUCAUCUGUUAAUCUGUUUCCCUUGGUGUGUAGAUGCUGGGUCUGGAUAAUCCACUACUGUAAGGCCUCUUAUAGACUAAUCACAGAGUUCAGAAAGGCUAGCAGAUUGCAGCUAGGUGUCCACCUGUUCUCAUGUUCUUCAUGUACAGUCAGCGUAGAUCUAUAGGACUUAAACUCCUGGACACAACAUGUCUUGUGAUCUGGCUUGUGAUUUUGGCUCUUGUUUGGUACCCUCGGGUUCAGGUGAAACUUCAUUCAGACGUGACAUCUGAGCUAUUGGAAAAUGUGAGCAAUUAUAUUCUAUGUUUGUGUCUUGAGAUCCAUUCUUGUUUACGAAUGGCUGAAAUGAACUCCUUAAAUGUUGGGACAUGGUUCACACCAGAUCACCAGUUUAGGCCACCUCAGAUGUUCAUUAUUAUUAUGAGUCCAAAUGCACUACGAUGAAGCCUCACAAAAGGGUAUGAAGCACUGCUGCCCUCAGAUUCCUCUUUCCCGGUAUGUUCUUCACUGAGCAUCUGAUAACUUUAUACAAUUUUUGACAGCUGCCUAGGUGGGCAAAGUUCGUUAAGCGGUGUCCAGUCUGGUGGCAGCUUUUUGCGCCCCACAGCAAUGUGGAGCACCUUUGAAGCACUUCUACUGCCACAGAGUACUGGCUGUUAGUCCAUUGUUUGAGCCUGACCACUGUCACAGUCGUAGAGAAGUCGAAAGAGUACCGUGAAGUGCCACGGAAAACCCGCUCCCCCCCGCCGAAAUAUGCCCCUUCUUCCAAGGAGAGCAUGGAGCCGUCUUCUGCAGUAAAGUUAACAGAGGGACACUCCACCAAAUAAUGAAAAUGUCAUCAUCCCUCAUAUGGUUUCAAACCUGGAUUCAUUUAGAUUUUCUGCAAAACACAAAAUAAUAUAAUCUGAAGAAUAUUGUGAACCACACCACAUUGGAAUCCCUUUGACUUCAAUAGAAGUAAUUCUUAAAAUACGUUCUUUUGUGCUCAAUAAAAAAGACUGGUUUUAUAUGACAUGAAAGCGUGUAACUGAUGACAUAGUUUUCAGUUUUGGGUAAAGUGUGACUUUAAAAAUAUAUGUUUAUGUUAUCUCUCUUGACGCUUCUGAGCUAUUUGAGGUUAUCUGACUCCAAACCUACCAUUAAUGUUUUACAGUUAAAUUAUAUUUUUCUUCAUGACUAUUUUACUUUCUUUUAUGUUAAGAACUUUGGAUUACCAUUGUGUACGAAAUGUGCUAUAUAAAUAAACUUGCCUUGCCUUGCC